UUUUUUUCAGGAUCGUUCCACUAAAUACACUUAUUAUAAUGGAAACAGCCACUGCAACUUCGUUGAAAGACUACAAAAAAGUCGGUGCUGAUCUGAAAACACAAUUGGAGAGCUUUAAUACCGAAAAUCUUUCCAAGGCGGACACCCAAGAAAAAAUCGUUCUUCCAACUGCCGAAGACGUCCAGACCGAGAAAACUCAAAAAAGCCUAUUUGUUGGCAUUGAAACUUUUGAUGCAACCAAGUUGAAACAUGCUGAAACAUGUGAAAAAAACCCCUUGCCUGAUAAGGAAGCCAUUCAACAGGAAAAGGGCCAGAAUAAUUUCAUCAAAGGCAUCGAAUCGUUCGACACUUCCAAAUUAAAGCAUACUGAGACGUGCGAGAAAAAUCCGUUACCAACCAAAGAAACAAUUGAGGAAGAGAAAAAAUCAUAAAUAUUUCCAAUGUAGCCGAAAUCAACAAAACACCAUUUCAUUUUACAACAAAGUAAUACUACUAAAUGAACGUCCAUUGCAGGACUUAAUCCUAUUGAUGAAACACUAUCGAAUAAUUUUACAAAUAUUUAUACAUCUAACACAA